AUGUCUGAAACUAAUACGUCAGCUUCUUGCACUUCCACUAAUGUCACUGCAACAGAAGAAAAAAAUGCUCCCAUGUUAGCUAAGGUUGUUAAGAAAUUUAACAAGAAUGAGCUUAUAGAAUUUUUGCGUAAGCAAAAAGACUUGGAGCUUGAUGAUGAUGACUUGGAAAUUAUAAAGAAGCGAAAAAUGGCUAGCCAUGACUUUCUUAAAAAGACCAAAGAGAAGUUUAUGAAAGAUGGUUUAGAAAGUGGACCUGCGUCAAGAUUGGCAGAUUUUGCCAAGGAACUCGAAGAUGUGAAAAUUGAUGACAAUGAUGAAGAAUUGGAGCAGUGUAUAACAGAGAUAAAACAUAAAAUAGGCAUUGUAGGUUCAGCAACAGCCAGCAACGAAGCUGUGUUAGAUGAUAACGAAGCAAUAGGUCGUGUCGAUUAUACCAUCAAAAAAAUCAUAAAUGUUAUCAAUGAGAAGUUGAUAGCUAUAACUCAGGGCAAGCAAAAAGAUUUGGCGGCAGGUUUUAUGCAAAACAUCAUGCAACUUGAAAGUUCCUAUCACACGAAUACGAGAAAAAGGAAAGCGUCUAUGGCCUUUGAUGAUGGGUUUGACUAUUUAUAUAGAAUUGUUACCACAGCCUCGGAUUGGUAUUUCAUCAUAUAUACUCCAGAAAGAAUCUAUCGCUUGAAAACCGAAUAUCAUGUUGUACUUGCCGAAGAUAUUUUGGAAAAUGAUGCGGAUCUUCGUCGAGAUGUUAAGAAAGUUAUAGAAGUGAUCAUAGGUAUGUUAAAGGAUAGGGUGGAAGCUGAUGAUGCACCAGAUAGUAAGAGAGCAAGAAUGAAAAAAUUUAUUAAGGAAUGA